GAAUUUGUCUAAUAGUAUUUCUUUUUCUGUUGCUUAUGCAGGAAUUGACUUGUAGUUUAUGGGAAACUAUGAACAUUUUGAGAAUCUGAGUCUAGAAGACUAACAUUUCAGUCAAGAUUGGACAUGAAGACUGACUGAAUCAUGGAGGACACACACACACUGAAUGGAGAUCUUUCUCCAGAAUGCAGUCGAUACCAUGAGAAAUUAAACCCAUCAGAGCCCAGCUGUGUGUCCAUGAAGAGUGACCAGUCUAUGGAGCCACCACUAAAAUUAAAGGGAGAACACACACCAACUGAUCUGAGUCAAUUACACAGUCAGAGAUCAAACCCAUCAGAGCCCAGCUGUGUGUCCAUGAAGAGUGACCAGUCUAUGGAACCACCACUAAAAUUAAAGGGAAAACACACACCAACUGAUCUGAGUCAGUUCCAUGUGAAGAGAUCAAUCUCACUGGAGUCCAGCAGUGUGUCCAUGAAGAGUGAUCGGUCUAUGAACACAUUAGUGACAUUAAAGGGAAAACACACAUCAACUGAUCUGAGUCGUGACUCUCAACUGGUCCAAAGCAGAUUCAAAUCAAAUCUGCGGCAGAAUCUUGAGUGUGUGUGUGAGGGAAUAUCAAAGCAGGGAAAGCCAACACUCCUGAAUGAGAUCUACACAGAGCUCUACAUCACAGAGAGUGGAAGUGGAGAGAUCAAUAAUGAGCAUGAGGUGAGACAGAUUGAGACACAGUCCAGGAGAGCAGAAACAGAGGACACACCGAUCAAAUGCAGUGACAUCUUUAGACCUUUACCUGGACAAGACAAACCCAUCAGAACUGUGCUGACAAAGGGAGUCGCUGGCAUUGGAAAAACAGUCUCUGUGCAGAAGCUCAUCCUGGACUGGGCUGAAGGGAAAGAGAAUCAGGACGUCCAGCUCAUAUUUCCACUGGCUUUCAGAGAGCUCAACUUGAUGAAGGACAAAACACUCAGUCUUUCAGAUCUUCUUCAUCUCUUCUUCCCUGAAAGCAGAGAAAUGGCCAUAUCCAGUGAUGAGUAUAAAGUGCUGUUCAUCUUUGAUGGUCUGGAUGAGUGUCGUCUGUCUCUGGAUUUUCAGAGCGAUGUGAGGUUGUGUGAUGUGACUGAAUCAGCCUCAGUGGACGAGCUGCUGACGAACCUCAUUGUGGGGAAUCUGCUUCCCUCGUCUCUCAUCUGGAUCACCUCCAGACCAGCAGCAGCGGAUCUCGUCCCCUCUGAGUGUGUCCAUCGAGUGACAGAGGUACGAGGCUUCAGUGACGCACAGAAGCAGGAAUACUUCAGGAAGAGGAUUCGUAAAAAGAGAUUAGCUAAAAGAAUCAUCUCACACCUGAAGUCCUCAAGGAGCCUCUUUAUUAUGUGCCACAUCCCAGUGUUCUGCUGGAUCUCAGCCACUGUUCUAGAGGAGAUGUGCAGUGAAGCAGAGAGACGAGAGAUUCCCAAGACUCUCACUCAAAUGUACACACACUUCCUGCUCAUUCAGACCAACAUCAAACAUGAGAAGAACUAUGAGAAGAAAGUGAAAGAUGAAGACAUGAUCGUCAAACUGGGGAAACUGGCUUUCCGGCAGCUUGUGAAAGGCCACCUGAUCUUCUAUGAGGAAGACCUGAGCGAGUGUGGCAUUGAUGUGGCAGAAGCAUCAGUUUACUCAGGAUUGUGCACUCAGAUCUUCAGAGAGGAGUUGGGCUUGUCACAGGGGAAAGUCUUCUGCUUUGUUCAUCUCAGCAUCCAGGAACAUCUAGCAGCUCUAUAUGCACACAUUUACUGUACAAACAAGAACAGAAAUGUGUUUGAACAAACCAUACAAAGUCUGUUGUCUAAGGUCUUAAACCAGAAGAAAUCUCAUUCUUUAUCAGGUCUGCAUCAGAGAGCUGUGGACGAGGCUUUACAGAGUAAGAAUGGACAUCUGGACCUUUUCCUGCGUUUCCUUCUGGGUCUCUCAAUGGAGUCCAAUCAGACUCUCUUACGAGAACUACUGACACAGACAAAGAGGAACAACAAAUCCAGAUCCUCCUACAACAAAGAAGAAACAGUUCAGUACCUCAAACAGAAGAUCAGGAAGACUCGUUCUCCAGAGAGAUCCAUCAAUCUGUUCCACUGUCUGAAUGAACUGGGUGAUGAUUCACUAAUGCAGGAGAUCCAACGUUAUCUGAUAACUGGACAAAUAGGAGGAACCAAACUCUCGUCUUCACAGUGGUCAGCUCUGGUUUAUGUGUUGCUGACAUCAAAGCAGAAGAUGGAUGAUUUUGAUCUAAGAAAGUUUAUUGGAUCACAAAAUAGAGCAGAUGAAGUUCUUCAGAAGAUGCUGCCUCUGGUUAAAGACUCCAGAUCAGUUCGGUUGCGGGAGUGUGGUGUUACAGGUGAAGGUUGUGUUGCUCUGGCUUCAGCUCUGAGAUCAAACCCCUCACACCUGAGAGAACUGGAUCUGUCUGAUAAUAAACUAGGAGACUCAGGAGUGAAGCUGCUCUCUGAUGGACUGAAGGAUCCUCACUGUAUACUGGAGAGACUGUGGUUGAGUUAUUGUGGAGUCACAGAUGAAGGUUGUGUUGAUCUGGCUUCAGCUCUGAGAUCAAACCCCUCACACCUGAGAGAACUGAAUCUGUCAUGGAAUAAACUAGGAAACAGAGGAGUAAAGUUGCUCUCUGAUGGACUCAAGGAUCCUCACUGUAAACUGGAGAUACUGGGGUUGAUGAAGUGUGGUGUUACAGAUGAAGGUUGUGCUGAUCUGGCUUCAGCUCUGAGAUCAAACCCCUCACACCUGAGAACACUGAGUCUGUCUAGAAAUAAUCUAGGAGACUCAGGAGUGAACCUGCUCUCUGAUCUGAAGAAGGAUCCACAUUAUAAACUGGAGACGCUUCUGUUUGAUUGAUGAAUGAUUCUGAGCUUCUCUGGAUCAGCUGAUGGAGAAUAAAGAGCCGCUACACACACA